AUGAGAAAUUAUAGAAAUUUGUUGAAUGCGAAGAGAUUGGUUAUAGAUGGUGCUUUAGGAACAGAAUUAGAAAAUUUGCUAACUAGUUCAACUUUUAAACCUAGUAGUUCUCCACUUUGGUCUGGUCAAGUUUUAAUUGAAGAUCCACAAUUGAUUGAAAAAGUUCAUAAAUCAUAUAUUGAAGCAGGUGCAAAUAUUAUAAUUACAUCAACUUAUCAAACGUCAUACAAAAGUUUAAAAAAGUACUUAAAUUAUUCAGAUGAUGAAAUUUAUAAACUUUGGGAAAAUGCAGUGAUUGUGGCUAAUAAUGCUAAAUCAAAAAGUAUAAAUACUGAGGAUAUUAUAAUUGCAGGUUCAAUUGGUCCUUAUGCUACAUAUUUAGCGAAUGGCUCAGAAUAUACAGGAGAUUAUGGAGAUAUAACAAAAGAAGAAUUGAUUGAUUAUCAUACUCCAUUAUUGAAAUUUUUAAUUAAUUCAGAAGGUAUAGAUAUAAUUGCAAUUGAGACAAUACCUAAUUUUCUGGAAUUGCAAGUCAUUAUAGAUCUAAUCAAGAAAUAUGAUACUAAACAAGUAUUCAUAUCUAUAAAUUGUCAAAAUAGUGAAAAUUUAUCUGACGGGACUCAAUUAAAUCAAGUUUCGGAGUACGUAAGUUCACAAUUAUCUGAUAAGGAUGAAAAUUUUCUUGCUUUUAGUAUUAAUUGUACUGAUUUCCAACUAAUUUCAGAUAUUAUUCCUAAAUUCCAAAAUUUCCCAUUGUUUAUAUAUCCUAAUCUUGGUUAUGAAUAUGAUGAAAAAACUCACCUAUUUAUUAUAAAAGAACAUAAAUCAAUUUUUUUUUCAAGUGAGAUUAAAAAUUGGUUAAAAUAUGAUAAUGUUAAAGCUAUAGGUGGUUGUUGCAGUGUAUCACCAGUUGAAAUUAAACAAAUUGCCAAAUUGGUAAAUGAUUUUAAUGAGGAAAAUAAAUAG